CAAUAUCCCACUCGCGCCGAUGCCAAGAACCCCCGAAAAAAAGGACAUCCCACCUGCAAUACGACUUCGCGUAGUGUUGUUCCUUGCCGAGCGCAGUGUCCGCGGCAAGCUACUCCGUGGGUCUGUGUGCGCGGCUAUGGAGGAAUUUGGCUUCUGCCGCAAUAGUGUCAAGAAAAUGUGGGGAAUUCGUGGCAAGGUGGACGUUUUUUGUGCCUCUACAAGGACACCGCUUAAGCGGGGGAGGCGCUUGGCACUUGAUGAGUCAGUACAGCUGGUACAAGCUGUACCGCUUUGCCAACGCCAAACCCAGCUCUCAUUAGCAGCAGCAUCCGGUAUACCCCGGACUACACUACAACGCUAUCUUGCCGAUGGUGGUCGAAUGUACCGCAUGCAUCACAUGUACGAUACGGUGCAUAUAGACGAAAAGUGGUUUAAUCUAUACAAGGGAACAACGAAGUACUACUUGACAGCUAGCGAGCAGUUGCUCUACCGUACGUGUCCGAACAAAAAGUACAUUGGAAAAGUUAUGUAUCUGGCAGUUGUGGCGCGUCCUCGCUACGAUUUCCAUAGAAAACAACAUUUUGAUGCUCGCAGAUGGUCGACCGUCGUGGUCCAGCAAGACAACGCAGGGCCACACGUUUUGGAGAACGAUGCUGAGUUGGAGACAGAGGGAAAGGUUGACGGCUGGAGCAUCAAGAUGCGUUGUCAGCCACCGCGUUCGCCCGAUCUGAAUGUAUUGGAUUAA